AUGCGUCAACACUGGCAACUCGUUAAUCUUACUCAAGAAACCGCCCAAAGCCUCGGAGAAGACUCCUUUUUUCAUGGAGGCUUUGCACAGGAACUUGUGGAGAGGCUUUCCCGACCUCAGUACCUCGAGUUGGACUCUGUCGUAAAAAUGUGCGAGCCAGGCUCCGUUGUGAUUGGGCCGAGAGCAAGCACCCUGGUCUCGGCCAACAAAAAACACAACAAACGCACUUGGGUCUGUCCUGUCAGGGUUGAGCAAAGCUCCGAGUGCAUUCUGGUCCACGGUCUACCCAUUGAGCUUUUCAGUCUCAUUUGCAACAAUCUUGACAACGAGGAUCUCGUUUUCUUCUCUACAACCUGCCAGCAUGUUUGGGAUCUGUGCCGCCCCCUUCUAUAUGGGCGUAUCAAAAGCCUCUGUGCCCACCAUUGUUGGAGCGGACAUCGACUGCUUUUCUUUGGAGACGCUCUGACCAAUAAUGAUAUUCCAAACUACAUCCUUUCUGCGAACGAGAGAAUCAAGUAUCUCAGCACCGAGGGCCCAGGGGGAGCCACCACCAUCAUUGAGGACGGUUACUGUCUAGAAUUUUACGCAUUUCCCAGCGCUCCAUCACUAGAUGCUCCAAUUCAGUUGGACUCUGAGCUACUCAGCGAGGUCUGCAAGCGAAACUGCCAUCCCGAAUUUUGCCAUGCCCAGACGCCCUGUCCUUCGCUUCCCAUCAUUCUGUACAACAAGAUCGUGGUCCACUCCGCUACUGCCUCCCCCAGCCGCAUUCUCCGAAACCUCACCAAACACCAGUACGUCCGCGAAACUGAGCUGGACAAGAUGAAAGUCAAGUAUCCGGAAUUCCCUUCCUGGGAUAAGAAACUGACCAUCCACGAUUUUUUGACCCUUGGCCAUAUCGUCUUUGCGCACAUCUGCUGGUCCUCGGAUCCCUGCACUUCCAUGGGUUGGGACGAUUCCAUCGACUUCUGCCGUGGCAUUUGGGCUGGCGACCGGUUUGACAUCAUUCCUGAUUCAGAUGAGGAGUGGGUGAAAGAGCUGCAGCAGGAGACGUCACGGUGGAAGGAUGUCAGCAGAGACACGGUUGAUGAGCUCGAGCGCAUCUUCGUAUGGGCGUGUCUGGAGUGA